UUGACCUUGUUUUAGCGCGUGUGUGUGUGGUGAGAUGGACGACGAAGUGAUACGGAAGAGGUUGUGCGUGGAGGGGGAAGGAGGGAGCGACGAUAGACGCGUGCUGUCUCUGCUGAAGACAUUCGUCCGCUGGGCAGUAGACUCCGCACUGUCCCUUGAGGAGAGAGACGCCACCUACCAGAAGAUGCUGUUUACCCUCAGUCAGUGUGAAUUCUCCUUCACCAAGACUCAGCUGGUGAUGGACAUGAACAGGAGGGAGAUGGAGAGAUAUGAGGAGGUGUACAGUGAAAUAGGGCAGGAAAUCAAGAGGUCUCAGCAGCUGAUUGUGCAGUACAAGGAAGAGCUGAAGAAGUCUCGUGUAAUUCGUAAACACAGACAAGAGUACGACGCAAUGGCAAAGGUGAUCCAGCAGCACCCACCGCGGGCCCAGACAGAGCAAAGGAUCUCGGAGCUGGAGGUGCGUCUAGAGGAGCUCCUGUCAGCCCGCAGCAGUCUGCAGGAGAAGCUGGAGCUGAGGAAGAGGCAAUUCCAUGUUCUCCUCACCUCCAUCCACCACCUGCAGAGCCUGCUGGCCUCCGAGGACACCCCCGAUAGAGAGGGGGAGGAGCCUGUCACCAUGGACACCUCAUAG